AUAUUGCGCAACAUGAGCAACGUGGUUGGGAAUUCGAUUCAAGAUGGCGGCGGCCGUGAGCGACAAGAGCGAUCGAAUAAAGCAUCUUGUGGCAGACUCUGCUGCAUUUCUAAAGAGAGUUCCAUUGGAUACGAUAGCAGAGAAUGUCUACACUAUAUCAGAGGUUGUUUCCGAAAUUAAAGAUGCAGCCACACGUCAAAGUCUCGCCGUGUUACCGUACGAAAUUCAGUUCAGACAACCAUCGACUGAAGCUCUUAAAGCAGUUACAGAGUUCUCUAAGCUCACUGGGGACUUCAAGGUGUUGUCUGCAGUGGAUCUUAGAGUCAUGGCCCUCACUUACCAACUGGAAAAAGAAUUUUGUGGAGUGGAGCACCUUAAAACCAAGCCCACACAGCAGGUCCAGUACUCCCAAGGUGUUGUUGGCAACAAUCUGCCAGGAUUUUAUGUCGAAAAGAAUGCUAAGGAUCCUAGUAGCACCCAGGAUGAAACAGAAAUACCCUCUACUGAGCCAGCAAACAAUGACUGUGAGGACCCAGUUGGCGAUGACAGUGACAAGACCCUGGAAGACGAGAUAGAUGAAAUUUCUGGGCUGCCUGGUUGUAGUAUAUCUGAGAAGUGUACAACUGAUACCCCUAUGCAGGCUUCUGAAUCUCAAAGUUUAUCUCAAGUGCAGGAAUACCCAAAAGAAGAUAAUGACAUUGUGGAGGAUGAUACACAGAGAGAGGAAGAUGACUUAAUGGAUGCUAACAACCCAGUUGAGGAUACCGGUGACGAUGAAGGUUUUGUCGAGGAGGAUGAAGAUGGCUGGAUCACACCUGAGAAUAUUCUGAGAAUUCGCACAGAGCUUAAUGCCGGCCGACCUGAGGCAGAAGCAGCUGUGGUAGAAGUUGGUUGUUUAACUACAGAUUUUGCCAUGCAGAAUGUGCUGAUUCAGAUGGGACUGCAUGUUGUAUCUGUUGAUGGAUUGCUCAUUCGUGAGGCCAAGAGUUACGUUCACAAAUGUUAUGCUUGCUUUUGAGUGUCCCAUGAAAUGAAACAAUUCUGCCCCUGGUGUGGUAACAAGACCAUGACCCGUGUCUCCAUGACAGUCGACGAACAUGGUGUUAUACGCUACAACGUCCCCACUAGAAAACGACCGUUCAACAUUCGAGGGAAAAAGUUCCCUUUACCCAUGCCCCAAGGUGGACGCUUUGCCGAGAACCCAGUCCUCGUGGAGGACCAGCCACGCGGUCAGCGGCGUCUCCCGCCAAAACGCGACAAAGUCGAUGUCCUCAACCCUGAUUAUGUGGCGCGGGCCUCCCCGUUCACGGCUAAUGACGUCAACAGCCGUGCGGUGCAGCAUGGCUUUCACGUGACGGGAAAUUACUGGAACAAACGCAACCCCAACGAAGUAAAAAAGUCGGGUGGAAGGCGGAAAAAGAAAUAGUGUAUAAUUACUCUACUAUAAACAGUAUUUAUUUGUGGAUAAAUUAAUGUGACAGAAGGCUGAAAAGCUGCUGAUAGUUUUCAGGUAAUUAUUUGAUGCUGGUUUCUAUAUGAAUGACCGCGCAUUAUAUGUUCAAAAAGUCGAAAGCGGCGUCAACUCUUCCUCCUCAUUUUUCUUCUCACUUCUCAUCACUCAAAAGACUUAGGAGCCCCUGGUCUUCUGGCUAGCUUUGUGGAACCUCUAAGACAGCAUGCAUCGAUACUUUGGGGGAGGGGGUCGGUUGUACGCUCUUUAAAUGCUUGUGAAUAUUUCAGAACAGGCAUACAAAGGUUCCAAUAAAAUGCUUUAUUCCUCU